GGGAGGUCGAGAGUAGCCAAUUAGAGCUCUUUCUCACCUCCCAUUUUUUUUUACCCUACUCUCCUUUUUAAAAAAGUUUUUAAUCUUCGGUUUAGAUUGGUCUGUACAAUUCUUUCACUUUACGUUUUACAUACAAAUAGUUAAAAGCGAAAACAGGUUACCCGGCAACUCUUUGGGCGUGACGUAAUUUGAGGCACGGGGUGGGUGGAGUUCCCGCCAAUUUCAAACGGUGGAAGAGUCUGCCGUUUGUGGCAGAGUCUUGAAGUCUUGCGUGGUGGCUGUCCCUUCCAGAAUGGAUAAUUGUACCUUUCCAAGAUACACUGAGAAUGACAUCAUUGUACACAUCCGCAACUGCUUGCUAACUGGAAAUGAGGCCAAAAACUUUUGCAAAAAUGAUCUAUUUCCAAAUGUCAAGCCUGAAGUGCUGCACAUGAUCUUAAUGAGAGCCUUACAAAGUGUAUAUGGAAUCCGUCUGGAGCACUUUUAUAUGAUGCCAGUGACCUUUGAAACAUCUUAUCCCCAGAUUUUUGAAGGCUUCCUGCCCAUAGGGAAUCUCUUUAUUAACAUGGAACGAUUUUUCCCAAUCUGCCGUGUCAGUGACUUCCAGAUUGCUGAUAUCAUAAACCCAAAAGCAAAGAGGACAGCUCGUUUUUUGAGUGGCAUUCUUAACUUUCUUUUCUUCCGUGACUCACGUCGUGAGGUCUACCUGGAAAUCCAGAGCACACAUAAAUCAGCUAUGGAAAAAGAGCAGCAACUUCAGAUGGCAAUUCAGGAGGCAACAUUGAAGCUGGAGAAACUGGAUACUAUUCCUGCAGAUCAACAGGCAGAGUUCAAGGAAUUAUCUCAAGAUAUUCAAGAACUAGAGCAAAAACUGAACCAAGAAUAUCGGCAGAAAACGGGUAUUUUGCAAGAAGAGAUCCACCAGAAGAGAACGGAAGUUGCAGAAAAAACCCAGAAGCUGAAUGAGCUAAAACUAGUCAUAUGUAAUCUAAAAGAGGAACAAAAACAACUGAAGUCCAAGAUUACGGAGUCUCCAGAGGAGCUGGCUAAUUGUAAAGAACAUUUAAAGCAGAUGCUGCACAAAGCCAAGAGAUGCAAGGAAGAAGUAAUUGGGAAGUAUGAAGUUUACAGAGACCUGGUAGAGAAGUUACCAUCAUGCCAGCAAGAGGUCCAGCUGUACCAGAAGAAAAUGCAAACCCAUGGAGCAAAUGUGGAGAGGUUGUCAAAUAUAUUGGCAGAGAUCCGAAUCCUAGAGGACCAAGUAGAGAGUAGCAAAAGCGUAUUUAAGAAUGCCAAGAUGGAGGAAAUGACCUUGAAGAGACUGGUUACUGUUAAAACGGAAAAACUUGCCACUACAGAAUUCAAAAUUCAAAAGAUACAUGAGGAUACUGAACAGCGCAAGCAGGCAAUAACUGAGUAUUGCAACAAAUUUCAGGAGAAGAGAGGAGCUGUCUGUGAGAAGCUGACAGCUACUCAUGCAGAAAUCAAACAACUCAAAGGUGCUAUUCAGCAGCUAAAUGACAACGUUGAAAAAGAGAAACUUAAGGCUCAGGAGAUCUACUUUAGCCUGAGGGUUGGCUUGGAGAAAUACCAUGAAAAUCUGGCCAGUAUAGUGGACAGCUACACAUCUGCAAGAGAGUAUAAGAUUGCUGAAUUAGCUAAACUGUUUUGAUUCUGCUACUGAUUUUAUAUUUUGUUUUGUCACAAUUUAUCUUUAGACUAUUACUACUGCAGAAAACAAUUGUAAAAUAAGCUUUUUUUGGCCUUGAUAAGGGGAAAUGUUUAGAUAUAGUAGUACCAACUGACAGAUCCUGUUAGAGAGUUUUAUUCAGGCUAUUUGCAGUACAUUUCUGAUGGCUGGUUAUAUUGUUCCUAUGCUGCAACAGUUCUAGAAUUUGCAGAUCAUUAGUGGAGAUCAUCAGUGCAGAGUAAAAGGCUGUCUUCCCUUUAUGCUUGAAAUUCUCUAAGGAAUGGUUGUGCUGGGGCAAACAAGCUAUGUCCUUGAGGUGGGAUGAUGCAAGUCAUGGUCUACUUUCAGUUGUUCUAGUGCACCAGGAGGCUUUGCUGCACCUUGCUAACAGAAGCAUGUGAAUUUGUUAUGGCAACUUUGAACCAUAUUUUUAUAUAUGCAAUAAAGUUUUAUACACAUGGA